UGCAAACAUCAUGAAACACAAGAUUAAGCAUGAAAAUAUCGAGAAUAUGCCUUUUAAAAACACAUACGAAGAGUAUGUUUACCAUUCUAGUUUGGCUGGGUUUGUUCAUCUUAAUUCACCGGGAGCUAUUGAAAGAUAUAUUUGGUACAUAAUUCAUCUUCUAAGUUUGGCUUGUACAUGUUUUUUAAUAAAUUACACCUGGCAGAACUUUAUGAAGAAUCCAACGAUGACGACUGUGGAAGCAAUGGGUAGUAGACUGGCAGAAAUACCUAUGCCAGGAAUAUCAAUUUGUAACAUUAACAAAAUUAGUCGAAGAAAGGCACAAAUUUAUGCCGACGAAUUAGCAGCACGGUCUAGGGUAAGUGCUGAGGAAAUUUUGUCCAAUAUUACGUUAUUGGGAUACCUAUAUGAGUACAAUCUGCCUGUCAAACCGGAACGUAUAAUAUACUUUCAGAAUUUUUUGGAAAAAUGGGAUUCAGCUGCUAAUGGUUAUUAUAAUACCACAGAUCGACUGUACAGAUUACAACCCACGUGCUUUGAAGUCGUAAAAGAUUGUAUAUGGAACGGAAAAAGGCGUCCCUGUGAGGACAUAUUUGUGACUGAGCUCACAAUGGACGGCUAUUGUUGUGUUUUUAAUUAUGUAGCCCAUUUAUCUACAACAAAAAUCUCACCCAUAGUCAUUGCAAAUGAUAAUAAACCAAUUUCUUUUGGACCGACUGCUGCUCUUGAUUUUACUAUCUUAUCAAAUUCAUCAGAUACGUUUUUUACAACCAUAGCUACAGAAGCUCCCGUUAAAAUUUUAUUCUCUAUACCUACGGAUUUUCCCGACACUACUUCGGGAGGUUUAGUAGAAAAAAUAAUAGACAGGGGGACAGAAAUUUUCCUUCAAGUUUCAUCGAUAAACACAGUAGCCACUGAUGAAGUUAAAAAAUAUCCCCCGAGCAAGAGAGGUUGCAUCUUUAGUGAUGAAAUUAAGACGUUAUUCGGAAGCUACAGUUACAGCGACUGUAUUAUGGAUUGCAAGAUAAGAAGUAUUGUAGCGUUAUGUCAAUGCGUUCCUUUCAAUUUUAUAAAUGUAUUCAACAAUCCGAACGACCAUUAUUUUCAAUGUACUUUGGGAGAUUUACAGUGCUUAAAUGCGUAUACAAAUAAGUGGAAGACCCUGUAUCCUAGUGACUUUACCGGAACAGGUUUAGAACGCGAAAAACAAGAUUCAAUUCAAUGUGAACACUGUAUUCCCACUUGUUCUGAUACUAUGUAUGAUGUAUCCAGCGAAUUUGCUAUAAUCUAUGAAAAUGGGAGCGUUGCUAAUUAUAGCCUUGUCCAUAUAUCAUACGAAAAGUCACUAGGAAUGUUUAAUAAACAAGACGCUUACUUUUAUUGGUUCGACAUGCUAAGUAUGUUUGGGGGAAUAUGCAGUAUCACUAUGGGUUUAAGUUUUGUCUCUGUAGUGGAAAUCUUCUAUUUCUUAAUCUUCGUGGGUAUAAAGAAACAUUUAAGAAAAAAGCGUAAUAAAGGAUUCCACGAUGAGCACGUUUUAGAAUGAACUAAUAUACAGGAAACAACUCAGGGAAAAUAUUACUUAGUAGUACAAAUUUUAGUGUUAGUAGAUGAAAUUUGUUGAAUAAAGUUUAUGCACUCUUAA